CUCGGCUGAGUGCGGCGGCGCCACGUCUGGCGCAGGACUCCCCUCCCUGCCUGGGGCGGCGGCGGGAGCAGCGCUGACGGAUCCUCGCUUCUCCCUUUCCUCAGCGGUCGGUUCGUAGCGAGGCCGCGGCGGCGGUGACAACGCCAGCGACAUGUCGGACCUGGGAGACUGGUUCCGGAGCAUCCCUCUGAUCACCCGUUAUUGGUUUGCCGGCUCCAUCGCGGUGCCGCUCAUCGGCAAACUGGGCCUCGUCAGCCCCGUCUACCUCUUCCUCUGGUCCGACGCCUUCAUCAACCGCUUCCAGAUCUGGCGGCCGAUAACUGCAACUUUCUUCUUCCCAGUGGGACCCGGAACAGGAUUUCUCUACUUGGUGAAUUUGUAUUUCUUGUAUCAAUAUUCAUCACGAUUAGAAACAGGGGCUUUUGAUGGAAGGCCAGCAGAUUACAUGUUCAUGCUGCUGUUUAACUGGAUCUGCAUUGUUAUAACUGGCUUGGCAAUGGACAUGCAGUUGCUGAUGAUUCCACUCAUCAUGUCAGUACUUUAUGUGUGGGCCCAGCUGAACAGAGACAUGAUUGUAUCGUUUUGGUUUGGAACAAGAUUUAAGGCCUGUUACCUUCCAUGGGUUAUUCUGGGAUUCAACUAUAUCAUUGGUGGAUCAGUCAUCAAUGAGCUGAUAGGAAAUUUGGUUGGACAUCUGUAUUUCUUCUUAAUGUUUAAAUAUCCAAUGGAUUUGGGAGGAAGGAAUUUUCUGUCCACACCUCAGUUCCUGUAUCGCUGGCUGCCAAAUAGGAGAGGAGGAGUGUCGGGGUUUGGUGUCCCACCUGCUAGCAUGAGAAGAGCUGCAGAAGAUCAGCAGGGUGGUGGAAGACACAACUGGGGCCAAGGUUUCCGGCUAGGUGACCAGUGAAGAACUCCUGCCCUUGGAAAACACCAACUCUUCAGUUUUAAUUGGACGUAGAACCAACCCUUCCUGGUGCAGAGCAUGCUUAAGAACUGAGCUCUCUGUAGUACUGUUGGAUUUAACUGAUAAAAAAGAAUGUUUCUGGUUCAAGAAAAAAUAAAAAACUCCAGAAGGGAAAAAUGUAGAUCUUACUCCAGGUUAGCCAGUAGUGUCCAAUUUGAUUCUGCCAUUAAAAAAAGCCUUCUUUAUACAGUAUUGUGUGUCACAACAGACAUCCAUUAUGCCAUCUUAUUCCGUGAUGGGAUGGAGCAAGCUAAUGGUAUGUCUCACCUGGUAUAUUGAAAGCUUUGUUGACUGGUAGGGUAAGAAUCCAGUGUGAGGCAGAUGAUUCAAACUAACCCCUGAGUUUAGGAGGCUGACUUUUUCCAUAGCUGUACUGGAGUCCCGGGGUCUUUGGAAACAUUAUUUGUUAUCUUCUGCAUUCAUAAAGCAAAGUGCUAAUGUUUCAUUUCCAUUGUUAGGCUGUGUUUUGAGGGGAUUCUUUUUUUCUUGCUGUGCUGUCCUACUUGCUACAGCAUGGGCUGGGAAAGACUAAGGAUAAGAGGGCUUUCAUUUGAAAUGGCAAUAACAUAUUAACAGGACUGAAAUCUCUGAACUCUUCAUGGCAUAUUAUAAGGCUUGCUCUGUUCACAAUGAAGUUAGCUGGCUUGUUUUUUUUUCCCCUAAGAUCUGUGAAUUCUUGGCUUCAAGGUUAUUAUUUUGAUUGCAAAAUUGGGUAGCACAAAUACUCUUAAGCUAGAACAUGUAACUUAUCAUUGUGGUUAAUGUAAAGGGUACUGACUGCAGCAUUAUGUUUGUUAUCUGAAUCUUCAACUUUAAAGCUUUAAGACAUCAAAGAAUCAAAGCUGGAAAUAAUUUUUCCAGGGUCAAGAUACAGUAGAACAGUUUUUUUUACUUCAGGACUCUUUCAUUGUCAAAUAAGACAUCGCAUACACUGUUUAUUACUUUUGGUGAAACAUUUUGGCAUGGAAAAGGGAAUGAUUCUGUACAGAGUAAUUUUCCUCAUAGUGGGUUCCAUGGGUAGAGCACAGGGUGAAGAUCCAGGAAGCUGCAAGGUGCGGUUGUUACUGACUCACUGCAUGGACUUGAGUAAACUUCUUACUUACCUCAGUUUUCUCAGCUGUAAGGAAGAUUCAUGCAUGUCUCAUGGCAUUCUUAAAAGUAGCUGUCCUCAACUCCCCUAGAUGGGAGCUGCUAGUGAGCAAGGUAAGGCUUGGGUUCACAUAAAUGACAACACUGAAGCCAGGAACACAAUUACUCUGAGCUUAACCAAGGCUUCUGAGUUGCAAUACAGUUGGUUACUUUUUGGUUUAUAGUUUCAGAAAGAAGAGCACUCUCACUAGGAUGAGAGUCAAAUCUCUGACCAAAUUUCCCUUUAGCAAGGUUUUUUUACUGGGUUGGCAGAGCACAGAAAGCUGUUCUUCCCCAGCUUAGGUGUCUCAGGUAUCUGUAAGUAGGUGAAGUGAAUCUGGGCCAAAAUGUUUUUAUUACUGCUUUGUUUCUUCAGUAAAGCUGGGUUCUGAAGGUUUAAGAACUUGUCAAUGCUAUAUGACAUGGAACUGAGUGAAAAGCAAGCAGUUGGCCUGGAAGUUUUUUCAGGCUGGGUUGCCUGAAAAAAGUGCAUGCUCCAUUUCUUUAUAGCAGCUCAAGGUUUUGAUUUGGCUUCUCAAAAAGUGUAGAAGGCUGGUAAUGAUCUCAUUGUGUGCUUAGGUUUUACAGAAACUUGGAGUUCAGAACUCACCUGCCAUUUUUGUCCAUUCAGUGAUGAGUUUUAACAAUGCUCUUGUCCCUGUAUAAAAUGCAGGCAGAAGAGAAGACUCCACAGUGUUGUAAAUAUUCAUCUAUUAUUGACCGACAAUGUCAUUUGAUGCUCAAAGUACAAAUUUUGAGAACCUUCAUUUAUAUAGGAGUCAUGAUGCAGCUGGUCAUUUUAGUCAUAGUAAUAUCACUGUCUCCAAAACAUUUGUUUUCAUUUUGAGUCAGGACUUAACUAUUACAUGAAGAUGCAAUAGUUUGUGACUCAGCUAAACCCCUGGCAUGCUCAAAUUGCAAAGCACUUUUGUAGAGAAGGCCAGAGGGAAGGUUUGAGUGGGAGGAAGCAUGGCAAAAGUCAUUGUACUGGCUCAGUGCACUGUUCUGGCUCUUGCUUUCUAGCACAUCCUGCUUCCCUAAAUUAAGAGAAAAAGGUUUGCAAGGAAAGUAGACUUCUGAUAAGUCUUGAUUAGCUUUUGAGCUGCUUCAGGUCAAUUUACAUUGGUUUAUGGAAAAUUCACUUUGGAAUUCCAUAUUAUGAGCUUGGUUCAUUCGUUUCUCACUUGUCACUUGACCUGAAGCACUGUUCAUCCUCCAGUGUAUGCUGACAGUGAUGGUCUCUUGUUAAAUGAGUACCUCUUUUCUUAUUUUGUACAGAUAAUUUCCCUUUUUGUAAUCAAAUUUUUGUUGGCAAAGUUUUAAAUUAAAGUUUUAAUCUCUA